GGCGCAGUUGAAUUCGACUACGGAGCAAGAGAAGAAGAUGUGCGAUGGCUACUGACCCGGUGUCCAAACUUCAGCUCGUCUGUCGACAUAUCCGAAGUUUCCAAGACUUUCCGAAGAAAGGGAUCUUGUUUAGAGACAUCUGUCCACUCCUGAAGGACCCUGCAGCUCUGACGGCAGCCACCGACCUGUUUGAGGACCAUGUGAGGGCCAACCACCCUGAUGUGGACCUGAUCGUUGGCUUAGACGCUCGCGGCUUCCUGUUCGGGCCCCUGCUCGCCCAGCGCCUGGGAAUUGGGUUCGUGUUGGUCAGAAAGAAAGGGAAACUUCCGGGACGGACCGUGUCUGUGGCCUACGAUUUGGAAUAUGGCAAGGCAGAAGCAGAGAUGCAAGAGGACGCAGUCACUGCUGGACAGAAGGUCCUGCUCAUCGACGAUCUUCUGGCAACUGGAGGGACUCUGUUUGCCGCCUGUGAGCUGAUGAAGAAGCAGCAAGCUGAGGUUCUGGGCUGCAUGGUGGUGAUCGAGCUAAAGGAGCUGAACGGUGCCGAGAAGCUGAAAUCUCAGGUCUUCUCUCUGGUGCAGUACUGACGGAGCCCAUCCACCCAGCAACUUCCCUGGAGCACGUCGGACGAGCGUCGGCACUCGGGUGCCCACUUCUCUCAGACUCACCAUCUCGUUCACAUUUGUCUUGUGUGGUGUGGACCAAACCAUCAGGCAGCUGCACACGGGACUCAAUGCAGGUCGAACUGGUGUCUGUGGCCCAGUUUCUGGUCUGUGCUCUUGUUAGGGACCUCUUGAUUUGGCAGAGUCAUAAGCUCAUGACUUUUUGGUUUCCUGGAGUGCCAAGUGGUCAACAGUCCAUCUGUUGUUCAAGUUGUUGAGUCAUUAAAUAGUGGACAUGAAAGAAGUUAAUUGUAAAGGUUCUUUAGAGUGAGUGAGAGUUUUGUGAAUGGUUGUCACAUGUGCACAGAUUUUUUACACCCAAUUAUAAUGCUCCAACAUCCAUUAAAAAUUAUAUGCCUUAAAGUUCUGUCGAAAAUCCCUAUUCACUUGUGAAAAAAAUUAUUUUGCCAGGCUAUUUGCAAAAUGUAUUUGUUUCAAAUGUGUUCAGAAAAUGGCAGGCAAUAUGGCAAAAAUUUUUAGUUGCUUAAAAUACCUGGAUUUUAUCACUUCUCUUUAGCAGGAUUUUAUUGCAGUUAUGAGUUUCCAGACAAAUCCUUCUUUGCCUGAACUUGCUUCAUAAAAACAAUUGUUCUCCCUCCCUUCACAUUUUGGAGCACAU